ACCCACAAUGUCUUCAUUAAUUUCUCAAUUUCAAAAAGUCCGCUUGUCAGAAGUUUCCUCUGUUGAUGCUUCCAAGUUUCCAACCUUAAACCAAGAAGAACAAGCCCUUGCAUCUCAAUUCGAGACCUUAUCUGGUAGAUUCGAUGAGGCUGAAUCCUUGACUGUUUUAAACGAUUCCUUAAGAUCCAAGACUUACGUUGCUGGUACUGUUCCAAGCAAGUCUGAUUUAGUCGUUUUUGAAAAAGUUUUCCCAUUAGCUGGUAAAUGGACCGCUGUUGAAAAUAUCGCCAAAUACAGACACAUUCUUAGAUGGGUUGAUUUAGUUCAAAACACUUUGGUUGAUGUUCCUGAAGCUGACAAGAUCAAGAUUGAUUACAAUGUUGAAAUUCCAAGAGAAAUCAAGGAAAAGGAAAAGAAGAAACCCGCUGAAGGUCAAGCUAAGGAAGCUGCCGCUGCCGCUCCCGCCGCCGCUGCCGCCGCUACUGGCGCAGCUCCAAACGGUAAGAAGGAAUUAACCGAAGAAGAAAAGAAGGCCAGGGCUGAAGCUCAAAAGGCCAAGAAGGCAGCCAAGGCCAAGGCCAACGCUGAAAAGCAAGCUGCUGCCGCUGCUGCUGCUAAUGUUCCUGCCAACCCAUCCAUGAUUGAUUUCAGAGUUGGUUUCAUUCAAAAGGCUGAAAAGCAUCCAAAUGCCGAUUCCUUAUAUAUGUCCACCAUUGACAUGGGAGACGAAGAUGGACCAAGAAUUGUUUGUUCCGGUUUAGUCAACUACAUUCCAAUUGAAGAAAUGCAACAAAGAUACGUUAUUGUUAUUGCCAACUUGAAACCAGUCACCAUGAGAGGGGUCAAGUCAUGCGCCAUGGUCUUGUGUGCUUCUGAAGAAGGUAAGGUUGAAUUCGUCAACCCACCACCAGGUUCUAAGGCUGGUGAUAAGAUUUUCUUUGAAGGAUUCAAUGGUACUCCUGAAAAGCAAUUGAACCCAAAGAAGAAGAUCUGGGAAGCUUGUCAAGAAAGAUUCAGUACUAAUGAAAACUUUGAAGUUACUUAUACCGAAGAAGGUAAGGAACCAAAGAGAUUGGUUAACGAAAAGGGUGAAUUAUGUAAGAACUCUACAAUUGUUAAGGCUGAAGUUAAGUAGAUAUCACACUUUUUUAAUAUAUUGCAAUUUUUUUUUUUCACAGCCAAUCGACAUAAGUUUUUUUUCUGUGAGUAAUAUCAUCAUUCAUCAUCGUAAAUACAUUAGUCAUUUCCUU